AUGACACCUAUUGUGGCACUCGCCGUACAACAGCCUGAGAUCGAAAACAAGUGGGAAUCAUUGUACGAGAGAUUCAGGAAGCAAUAUCCUCCAACCUUUAAGAGAGGACCAGAUUCGCUCAAGGUUGAGAAAUGGAUGAGCUUGACUACCUCCAUCCUAGAUUUUAUGAGGGUGGUAGGUAAUGACGGAGUGGCUUAUGCCACCUUUAUGUUCCGAGAUGAUGCUCGUAUUUGGUGGAAGGUGGCAUCCCAGACUCGGGAUGUUUCUACUAUGAGCUGGAAUGAGUUCAGAGAUCUGCUCAACCAGAAGUAUUACAGUAAUGUCGUUCGAGCAGCGAAAGUGAACGAGUUUACCGGUUUAGUGCAAGAAAAUAUGUCUGUCACUGAGUAUGCCUUGAAAUUUGACAGGUUGGCUAAGUUUGAACCUGAUCUAGUGCCUACAGACACGACCAGAUUUCGGAGGGAAAUGCCUCCAUUUAUAGAGGCUGGUAGGGGUGGAGGCACUAGUGAUCAGAAGAGGAAGACCUCUGACACCUCAACCACUACCGGUCUUGAUAGGAGGGGUCGGGGCAUUCAGGGUGGACGCCAGGGUGGCAAUGAGACAUGGAGAAGUUACCCAAAGUGUGUUAGGUGUAUGAAGUGUCAUCUGGGCAAAUUCCGGGUGAAGGCAUGCUAUUUGUGCGGGGUGGUUGGACAUCUCAAGAAAGACUGCCCGAGCAUGAAGAAGGAAGAGCCAAGGAAGGACGUUAUUGCCUACUGGGAGCUGGUAGUCUCUAGGAGAUGGAUUAGGUCAUUUCCAGUGGUGGUGGACAACAUGGAACUAUCAGUGGAUUUGAUUGAGUUGGGAAUGGAUGAGUUCUACAUGAUCUUGGGAAUGGAUUGGUUAGCUAGAAUUGACAAUGAAGAACUUGAAGUAUGUAUGGCCAGACACAUGUGA